CGUUGAUUCUUCCUCAGUUUUUUUUUCCGAUCUUCAUAAUAUAUUUUUCUCUAGGACUUAUUGUUAUAUAAAGAUAAUGGCUUCAUUGAUGCUUACCGAUUGUUCCUCCUCCACGACACGUCUCAUCCCUACGAACCGCACUAACGGUGCUUUCCUCCCCCGCCGGUGCAUCGGCCAACUUCGCUUAUCGACCACUGCGUCUAGCCGUGCAGGCUGCACUCUCUCCAUUAGCUCCUCUUCUUCCCCCUCUCCUGCUAAGGUAAUUGAUGGAAAGGCCGAGGCGAAAAAGAUCACAGAUCAGAUCACAAUCGACGUUUCAAGAAUGAAAGAGUCGAUCGGUGUAGUUCCGGGAUUAGCUGUAAUCCUUGUUGGUGACAGAAAAGACUCUGAAACUUAUGUGACGAACAAGAAGUUAGCUUGUAAAUCUGUUGGAAUCAAAUCAUUAGAAGUUCUUCUACCUGAAGAUUCCUCAGAAGAAGAGGUGUUGAAAUAUGUUGCAGCCUUCAAUGAUGAUCAUUCUGUCCAUGGAAUCCUUGUUCAGUUGCCUCUACCAUCGCAUAUGAAUGAACAGAAGAUAUUGAAUGCGGUUAGUAUAGAGAAAGACGUUGAUGGAUUUCACCCCCUAAAUAUCGGACGUCUCGCCAUGAAAGGAGGAGAGCCCUUAUUUGUUCCGUGUACACCAAAAGGAUUCAUCGAGCUAUUGCACAGAUACAACAUCGAGAUCGAAGGAAAACGAGUUGUUGUUAUCGGAAGGAGUAACAUUGUUGGUAUGCCAGCUGCUCUGCUACUGCUGAAGGAGAAUGCCACCGUUAGUGUUAUUCAUUCAAAAACCAAGAACCCUGAAGAAAUCACAAGAGAAGCUGAUAUCAUAAUCUCAGCUGCUGGCCAACCAACCAUGGUCAGAGGAAGCUGGAUUAAACCGGGCGCAGUCGUCAUCGAUGUUGGGACUACACAAGUUGAGGAUUUAAGUGCUCGCAGUGGUUAUCGAUUAGUUGGAGACGUUUGCUAUGAGGAGGCUUGCAAAGUAGCAUCAGUCAUCACGCCUGUUCCUGGUGGUGUAGGACCAAUGACCAUAGCCAUGCUUCUAUCCAACACUUUAACUUCAGCUAAGAGGAUUCACAACUUCGAGUGACCUUUAAACGGAUUUUGGGAUAACCAAAAUCUUACAUUGGUUUUUGAAGCCAAUGGUUAAACAGUUUGCGUUUGUGUUUUUUGGUUUAUUUAAUCCAAGCAUUUAGUUUUAUGUGAAGCAAGGAAGUAAAAAGUCUUGACUUUUGUAACCGUAGAGAAACAAUUUUUAGUUGAGAUUUUUAUAAACGAGGCGUUAGUAGAAA